AUGGCCAGCUCUUUACCCCGGAUGAGGGUCAGAAAGAAAAAACAGCCAUCAUUCCAAGUUCUGAACAAUGAGACGCAGCAGUACGACCGCAACAGCAACAACUUUAUCACAGAAAUGUCACCCGACCCAACCGUAAAAGGGGACAUCGAUAUCGUGAAAAAUGUUUGCUUCAGCAGCUCCGUCGGCGUGGUCGCCGGAAGUGAUGUCACGCACACGGCGACGACCACGAACACUGCAAUCACCACCACAACCUCUCCGAGUGGGAGUGGAGUCGGCGUCGUAACCGGAAGUGGUAAUCAUACCGAAAGCGGCGUCUGCGCCAACAAAAACAUUGAGACUCUUUGCCACGCUAUUGAUUGUAUCGACUUGGUCAAUUUUAACGUGAACUUGAAGGGCAGUAUCGGCGACAACAAGUGUGUCUGCUGCGAUAAACACAUCUCACAGAUCAUGGCAUCCUCUUCUUCGUCAUCGUCGUCACAGGACAACGUCGAGAACGCAGAUAAUGAGGAGUGUAUCAGCUCCAGCAGCGGCUCGACAGAUAAACAAAACAACAGCAUUCCAAAGACCCGGUCCCGUAUUAGGACGAAUCCCUGGCUACCCUCUCCAAGACCCACACCGUCAACCUCACCCACUUAUUCGUCUUCCUCGUCAUCCCUCACCUCCCAUUCGACGCCAUCACCCAUGAUAUCGCCACACGAAUCCAAGGGACGUUUCUCCUAUCCGGCGGUCAGUGGAGAACUCAGAAGCAUAGACGAACGUGUCCGAAUUGGGCCCGACCGUAGCUGGACCCGUAAAUUCGUGCUCACUAACCUGAACGCCGGGGGAGGCUGUCGUGGCCGUCUUCGUGGCUACUAUUUGUCGGACAGCGACGAACAGUCGCCUAUUGCUGAGAAGACCGGCUCCAUCACCGAGGAAGAGGAAGAAGAAGAGGAAGAAGAUGAUGGCUAUUUUGACCACCGAAUCAGCUUCGAAUAUGAAGAAACCCUCGAGAACCUGUUGGAAGCUGAAAACCACCACCCACGAAAUGCCCGCUAUCUCUCUAUCCAAGACCUGCUUACGGAGGAAAGUCUGCGAAAAGACAAACGCAGAAGCACUUGCUCUGAGUUCAGCGUUUGCCAUGACGACAGCUGCGAUGAAGGAAUGGCAGUCGACGGCAUGAGCAACGAUCUGGACAGUUCGCUCAUGUCUUCGACACUCAGCUCCGAACUCACUGACAUUCGGGAGACGGACACUGGUUACUCCAGUCUGACCUUUGACAGCCCAUCUUCGGAAGUGGACAAAGACUUUGAAUGCGCCACCACUGCCGAAGAAGAGGAAGAAGAGGAUGCUGUCGGUGUCAUCGAGAAAGAACUCGCUCGCAAAGAGACGUUAGACGAGAAAUCCGAGAAUAAAGAGUCGGAACUGGCGGAAGAGGGAGAUCUGCUCGACCUAUUUCGAGACGAUUUCACAGAUGAUGAGGUGGUAGCCACGCUUGAUAAGAGUACCAUAAAGGUAUUGCGUUCCACCGACUGUUCGUCGGACGAAGACGAACUGCGCGCUCUCGAAGCGUCCGAGAAAGCGUGCAGAGGCGUCGACGGUAUAAUCCAUGCUGACAUUGGGCUCACUAUCGGUGACGUUUGUGACAUGGUGGCUGGUGAUGCUUCCGGUCCCGGUUUUGGUGUCGGGGCUCGCGCCCGGGUUGGUGCAGCUGGUGUGGCCAGCGGUAAGGUUAUGGUUGACACUGAUGGCUGUGUGGCGGGCGCAAUCCCGCGCCGCUCGCUGAACGAGAUUAAGAGUAGUCUGGAAGAGAAAGUAAACAAGCUUCGUCAGGAGAAGCAACUGGUCGAGCAGAAAAUCCGCGAGGCAAAAGAGGCCGAGAAGAUUCGCGUGCAGGAGAAGAAAAAACUACAGAAACAUGUCAUCAUGCAUCGCAAGCAGAUGCUCGACAAUCGCCAUUGCUGCUUAUAUCGGCAAGUAGUUCUUGAACAGAACACAGGCGAAAAUUGGCUUCCCCAAUUGAAGACUGAAAGCCUCCAAAUGUCCUCUCUCUUCUUCUACGCGAACAAAAACUCUUGGCCCAAAAUAAUGUAUGACGAGAAUUUUCUCCCUCUCUCUCACUCUCUCUCUCUCUCUCUCUCUCUCUCUCUCUCUCUCUCUCUCUCUCCGGAUAAUUUAGGUCGGUAA